GACAGCCGGCUGAGCCUGUCCUAUAACCAUAAGCUCAUACAUCUAAGGAGCCAGCCCAUAUGGCUCGCUCUUCAGCAAGUCGCCCCACGAUGGGCGCCUUGGCGCUGCUUUUGGUGGCGAGCUGCUUUGCGGGCGGCGUGUUCAGCGCUCGCAUGGCGAAGCUAGCGCUAGAUGACUCCGCCUCUGUGUCAGACGCCUCCGCCUCCUCUGCCGAUCAGCAGCAGGAGCUGGAGUCCGUGGUGUCGGCGCUGGCGCACAUGAACGCCGACAGCGAGGCCAUGCGCCGUGUGCUGGCGUCGGGCGUGUACCCGCCGUCGCCUGCCCCUCCCAGCCCCAGCCCGUCGCCUCCCGCGCCUCCCUCCCCCUCUCCCCCGCUGCCUCCCGGCCUUGCGCUUGAGGCGGAGCACUACGUGGCUGGCUUCUCUGCUAACGCCACCAUCGUGGCCGACCUGGAUGUGACCAGCCAGGCGUCUGUGGAUGCCUUCAUUGCCGCCUUCAUCCAGCUCACCGCCACCGCCCUCAACAUCGACCCCGCCAACGUGUACGUGACGCGCGUGACCAAGGGCGGCGCGUCCAGCGGCCGCCGCCGCGCCGCGCUGGAGCAGAGCGGCGCUGCGGAGCAUGUGUGGUCUGCGUCGGAGCUGUCUGCGCUGCUGCCCGGCGCUGGCCUGAGCCUGCUUGCGCUCAAGCGCGUGACGCCCGCCGACGACGCCACCGUGGCUGGGCUUCGCUCCGCCAAGCUUGAGCUGGUGCUGGGCCCAGGUGCCAAGCUGCAGCAGGCUCGUCGAAGCGCUCAGCAGCAUCAGCCGUCGUCUACUGCAGAUGUGAUCGUCGACUUCACGGUCGUGACGCUGGUGGAGGUGGCGCUGCCUCCCUCGCCGCCGCCCAGCCCCCCGCUGCCUCCCGGCGUGUCUGCUCCUCCCACCGCUCCUGUUUCGCCUCCGUCUCCUCCUCCUCGCCCUCCCCGUCCUCCUCCGCUGAACGUGGCUGUCCUGACAUCCGCCCUGAACGCUUCUUGGGUGAACGAGGCCCCCUCUCCGCCUCCCUCGCCUCCGCCGUCGCCUCCCUCGCCCAGCCCGCCUGCGCGCGUCACGUCGGUCCGCGUCAGCCGCAUGCCCGCCCAGGGCACCCUGUCGGGCGAUAGCAGCAAGCCCGUGGUGUGGUACAACGACGCCAGCUUCCGCAGCUACCGCAAGCCGCGCAGCCCGCUGAACCUGGUGUUCUGGAGCGCGCGCCGCCAGUGCACCGCCACGGUGGGCGUGUGUGGCGGCUGCCCGCGUGCCUGGGCUGUGCCGUCCAACGCCACGCAGACCACGACGACGCUGCCUCUGUACUUCCGCGAGCCCAUGCAGCUGGACAGCAUCACCAUCACGCAGCUGCAGAACCCCGGCGUGCUGUCUGUGGAGCUGCUGCCGUGGCCCGCCACGCCCAUCCCUGAGCUGCCCGGCGUGGCGCCUGUGUCCGGCCCCAAGGGCCAGCCCGUGUACUCGGCCGCGUCUGACAGCACGCCCUGCGGCGGCGACCUGGUGAUCAGCGUGCCUUCCGACCGCUCGGGCAGCUCGGAGAGCGUGCCUCCUCGCGGCAGCCAGUCGGAGCUACCGCCGCGCCUGCGCCGCACGGCCGUGGGCGGCAUCCGCAUCACCGUCAAGGCGCAGGCCAAGGGCGCCAAGCCCACCUUCAUUUCGUCGGUGCGCUUCAGCGGCCGCGUGCUGUACCCGGCCAACCCCGCCGCGUACGACGGCAUGUAGGGAGCUGGCGUAGGCAGGGUAGCUGCUGGCUGAGUGGCCGAGUGGUAGUGAAGCAUGUUGGCGGCUUGCAUGAGAGCAUUGGUAGAAGCGGACACGAACCCAAUCCAAGUGAUGCAUGCAAUUCAUGUACGGACAACCUAGCUUAUGGCAUUUCUUGAUUCUUACGGCGGUGGCGGCGGUGGCUUAGUAAUACCAGGACCUAAUCAUGCAUAUUCCUGCGGCCCCGCACUGGGGCACACUAGCUCAUUACGGACCCUGCUGGCUGGGUAACGGUGACAACGGUGGUGUUAUUGAUUGAUUGGUGUGGAUCAUGAUUGGCCUCUAGCACAUAGAGCUGGCCCUAGAACGCAGCACGCAAUUCGUGUGGUGCAGCAGCGCUGAACAGUCUGUCAUGAGCCUGUGAGCAGCUGCAGCAUGGCGCAAUUGCUCAAACCGAUGCUCAGGCCAGCACUGGUGGUCCCCCGCUAGCCGCCGUGUCGGCCAACGCUGACACGAACUCGCUAAGGGAAAGUUUGGAUGGGACGCAGGGGCCGCGCGGUGCCCUUGGACGCAGGGGCCUUAGCGGCCGCACCUGCAGCCCUGCGCGUUCCCUCCUCGGUGAACGGUGCACCACGCGGGCGCAUGCAGCCAAUAUGUGCAAGAGAUGUCGGGCAUAGGAAUAUGGAGACCGCCUAUCCAGGCUUCGCAGGCUCCAGCCUCCAGGUGUCGCUCAAUCGCUGCCCUGGCGCCGUGAGGGCGGCGUGCAUGUCUGCGCAAGCCCACCCGCCGGGUGCCACUACCGGUUUGGGCUGAGUCCAGAGGAGCCCAAAGCUUUGGGGGGC